GUAAUCGAACAGUCAAAUAUGGCGGAGGAUAGCGAGUUGGCUGCCAUUCGUGCAAAGCGUUUGGAGGAACUACAAGGGCAAUAUGGGGGUCAAAAUGCGGCACAAAUGCAACAGCAACAGGAUGCCAUGAAGAGGGAGGCUGAAAUGAAAAACAGUCUACUGUCACAAAUACUGGAACAAGGGGCCAGAGCAAGAUUGAACAGCAUAGCAUUGGUUAAACCUGAAAAAGCAAAAAUGAUGGAAAGUAUGCUAAUCCAAAUGGCUAGGUCAGGGCAGAUAGCUGGAAAGUUAUCAGAGUCCCAAUUGGUGAGUCUACUCCAGGAAGUUAGUGAGCGAACCCAAAAGAAAACCACAGUCAAGUUCAAUAGGAAGCGCCUUGAUGAUUCAGAUGAUGAUGAUUAAUUUUAAUUGAAUCCCGAGUUGAAACCACUAGAGACCUGCAAUAGCACAAUAAUGAAAGCUAUGAUACCUUGAGUGGCGCUGACUUGGAAUCUGACAAGGAAUGAUCAAGAGGAGAUUGAACUUUACCAGAAUCUCACUGACAGAUUUAAGCUGUUCAGUUGAGCUUGUCUUCUUAUAUGUAAAACCUAAGAGAUAUUUGUUUAUUGCUUGAGUGUGAGAAAAUACUACAUAGAAUUUAGAACUGAAGAAUGUUGAUGUCAAAAGCUUUGCAGAUGGGAUGUGUUUGCUCAGUUAGUUUGUAAGGUGUGAUGAUAUUAAUAAGCCAAAUGAUGAUAUGGAUGUUUUUUAUGGCAUUCUGAUCUUCUUUCAAGUACAGAUAUUCUGAAGACUAGUGCAAAGGUGUUUUUUAAUUUACUAUGUAUGGUUUUUUCCUUAUCUUGCUGAGAAAUGUUUCGUUUUGAAUUACUAUAACUUAUUCUUAGUUCUGUUUUACAGGAAGUAAGUUUUCUGGCCAUCUCUACUUUCACAGUUUUAUUGUUAUUUGUUUGCCUGAUUGUCACCCUUCUGUGUAUAUUUGAUGAAAAGUGGUUGGAAAACAAAGAUUUUCCAGCUUAGAACUUCAUUCGAACCUGUAUUAAGCGACACCGUAUUGGCGGUCAUCCUGUAUUAAGCGGUCGUGGUUACCCUUGACUGAACCCAACAGCCUGUUUGUACUGUCUUCACCUUUAUUGAACGGUCACUUAGGCGGAAAUACUUACAUAAACUAUAAAUAAACUUAUUUAGGAGGUAAGUUUCUAAGGAAAAUGUGGUGCUUCGUUGGUGGGAGAGUCUAACAGGAUUAUUUAGAAUUAUCAACGAGUUAAUAUCGUAAAUUGGCCACCGUAAAGAGUUUACAAGCAGACGCUUCGAGCGUCAGCCCUUCCUCAGAGCAAAACUAAUUAUUUAGAGCCUCGAUUACCUCUGACUUGAUAUUUAUCGUAACUCGCUUGUCAUUCUAAUCAAUUUUUCCCUUAAAUAGCCACUUUCGAUUAAUAAUCUAUCUGUCUUUAUCUCUCUUUUGAAUUAGAAAAAAAAAUAAAAUACAUUUAUGGAGCGCUAUACCCCGCUAAUUGUUUAUGACACUCUACAAUAAAGAAGCUCUUUACACUGCAUUA